AAGCGAGGCUCAGACAAGCGUCAGAAAAGCACUUUGAGACUUCAACAAAAGUAACUAAUCAAAAUGGCAGACAUAGCCGUUGCAGCUCCCGCCGACAAGAAGGCGCCUCCAAAAUUCAAGCAGAGAGCCAUGCGCACCUUCAAGAGCAAGGCACCCAAACCAGGCCAGAAGGGAUUCGGAGACGACAUCCCCGGCAUGGAGGGUCUUGGCACAGACAUCACAGUGAUUUGCCCAUGGGAGGCCUUCGGGGACAUGGAGCUCAGCGACCUGGCGAAAUAUGGAAUUGUUUAGCGCCCUUUUCCCCUGCCGUUGCCCUUUAUUGUCGUUAAUCUCCCUCAUGUGUUCCAACUGUGUUCUCAAGAGAGAAGGCGGCUUUGAUGAUUUGGAGGUUUGACCUCGAAAAAAAAAAUCCAGCGCACACUUUGUUUGAUGCACUUUAUUUGCCCCUGCCUUUCCAGCUCUUCUCCAUCGUCCUUGUAACAAGUGACUUCAUCUGCUCUGUUGCCAGAGCUUGUUCUUUCCACAGAGAAAAAAAACAAAAAUUACAGUAUUUACUCUGAAAGAGCAUUUGAUUAUCUUUUAUUGCUAUAUCCUGCUUUGCACUGUUUUGCUCUCCUCUUCCUCCACCUCUUCCUCUCAAAGCUGCUGGUCAGACAUGCACAGAUGCCUAUUUUGUGUACUAGCUAAAUCAAAAUAUAUUUUUAUGAGGAAAUCUAAAAUUCACUUGUGAAAGAUGUGAAAGAUGCAAUCUGUCUACUCUGUCAGAAGAGAGAAAAUAUUCCAU